UAUCACUGCUUUGAUCACAAUUCACAUACAACUUUGAUAUCAGAGGAAUGACGGCUUAUGGUGCUGUGCUUUCUCUUAAGAAUACAAUUAAAAAUAUUCUCCGUUGUUCUCGUUUUAGCCUCGUUGGUCGCUCUGAAAAAAUCAUCAAAGGCGUGUAUAAUAAGGUGCGGCUCUGGGGAAAUAUUCUGGAAAGAUUGGACGGGACGAGCCCAAGCAGGAGCAGGAAGAAGGUGAAUGCUUUGGAUGGAAGAAUCAAAGAGGCUAUUUGGAGAUUUGAAGACUCUUUGGAAUCCCUUCUCGUUCAACAGAUCCCUUUACAAUUUGAAAGUAUUCCAGAUAUUGUCUCCAUUGAUCUUCAGAGUCUACGAAGUGAUGCGAAUUCGUUGAUCCAGAAGCUCAAGGAUAUGGAGAAGGAGUACAUUUAUGAAGUAGAGAAUAUGCCUCAAGACAAACCUAUUUCCUCAAUAAUUGGCUUUCAUGGAACCGACUCAAAGAUGAUUGGAUUAUCAGACCAAUUCCAACAACUCAAAUCCCGUAUUAUGGUAGACUACGACAUGAUUUGUUUCUACGCACUUUAUGGAAUGGCAGGCGUUGGUAAGACCGCUCUUGCUAUGAAAAUCUAUCAAGAUACUGAAGUUCAGAGAAAAUAUGAGUGUUGCGCGUGGGCGACCGUAGGUAGAGUACAUCAACCGUUCAGUGAAAUUUCACGAGGAAUUCUAGCUCAACUGUCUGGAACUCCACAAGGAGAUGAAGAAAUAGGUGAGUGCUUAACAGAAAGAUUGUAUGGCAAGAAAUGCCUCAUUGUGCUGGAUGAUGUUUGGGUGACAGAUGCAUGGAAUUGCUUGGAACAUUCCAUUCCAUACAUACAAAAUGGAUGCAUUCAUGUCUUGCUUACUGGUCGACAUCGACAAUUGAUACAUGGUUAUGUGCAAAAUGAUACUUUGUAUGAGGUGCGGUUUUUGAAGGAAGACGAAAGUAUGGAUCUACUAUGCGAGAAGGUGUUUGGUGAUGAGAGUUGCCCUCCUCAACUUCACAAAGCUGCCACCAAAAUCGCCAAGCUUUGUGAAGGUCUCCCUCUCUUGAUACUCACCGUUGCUGAUACCCUAUCGAAAUCCAAGCAAAAUAGAGAUCCAGCCUACUGGAAAGAAGUAGCAGAAAAGAAAAAUUCAGUCUUCAAGGAUGCAUAUAAUGAAAUAUCAAAGGUACUUUUCCCAAGUUACGACUAUUUGCCUCAAUGUCUGAAAAUGCCUUUUCUGUUUAUGGGAGUUUUCCCUCAAGAUUAUGACACCCCAACUUCCAAGAUCACCAUUAUGCUCGCUGCUGAAGGUUUGUGGUAUGAUGUGUAUUGUUUGAAACGUUUAGUUUUCGACUACAGUCUUGUUUUACGCAGCUUUAAGAGCGUGGAUAAAAAUUAUGACUAUGAAGAGUUUGAUAUUGGUGAUUAUAAAAUGUGUUGGCUUCAUUCUUCGUGGCGGCACGUGUGUAGAACAGAAGCUCAUAAGAACAAGUUUUAUCAUGUCUUAAAUAAGUUGAUUGAUGCCGAAGAAAAAUGUCUAAAAGGUCAGCGUGGCUUGUGUCUCGAAAAUAACAUUUUAUUCGGCAUCAAAGAGUUUCGCUACUCAGUGAGAUUGAACUGUGCAUUCUUUACACGUUCUCUCCUUUUCUAUGGCCCUUACCACCAAUAUCCAAUCCCUAUAGAUGUCGGUUUCAAAUUGCUUAGGGAAAUAGAUGCUCUUACACAACGUUUCUAUACAUUUCCAACAGAAAUGUUGACACUAGUCCAACUAAAGUACCUUACCCUAACUUGCAACGGAGAACUCCCAGCAACCAUAUCCAAACUCUUCAACCUUCGAGUCUUGAUUAUCCAUCCCCAUAUGAAGGUUAGACGUUGUGGAGUUCCAUCAUAUGUACCAAUAACCAUAUGGGAUAUGCAAGAGUUAGAACAUAUUGAGAUCUUGGGAAAAAGCCUUGUAGCUCCGUCUCAUGUUGCUCCUUUGAAUAGGCUCACAACACUUGUAGGUGUGAAUGCUAGCAUUUGUACUAUCUUGGAACUCCCCGAAAGAAUUCCUAACAUAACCAAAUUAGGGAUACAGAUUGAGUUGACGCCUAAUGACGACCAUAACGACCUUUUGAGUUGCUUUCGUUGCAUUUCAGCACUUGGAAGUUUGCGGACACUCAAAUUAAGUAUUAUGAAUCCCGCGGUCAAGCAAGGUCAUGUUUUCCCGGUGACUCCAGGGUCAUUGAAGUUGCCACAUCGUUUGGAAAAGUUGCAUUUGAGUGGCAUGGGUUUUCCAUUGGAAUACUUGGAUGUCAUUGGCUCUUUGCCACGUCUUAAAGUGCUCAAAUUGCGAUCCUACGCUUUUCAGAGUUCAAAGUGGGAAGCACAAAAGGGUAGUUUUAGGUCGCUUGUGUUUCUUCUAAUAGAAGAAAGUGAUUUGGUGCAAUGGAAACCAGCAUACCCAAGCUUCCCUGUGCUUAAAUACCUAAGUAUGAAACAUUGCUACAAGCUAAAAGAGAUCGGCAGGCCUGCUUUUCUAGACCAAUGUGGAUGUACAAUAGAGAUUGAAUUGGAGGACUGCAAUCCUUUAGCUUUGAUUUGUGCCACCCAAUUGCAACCAUGUGUUGGUGUUAUGCUUCUUCUUUUUACGAGAAACCUACAUCUUUCAAAUAUGAAAGGUAUGGAGGUGACCCUAUACCUGAGCCGAUAAGGAAAGUUGAGGUGACAUGCGAAGAGGGUGAGCAAAGAAUGAGUGGGAAUACAUGUACGAUCAUGAGGAUAAGGAAGAGAAUGGUGAAGGUGAGGGUGCUGAUGAGGAUACAAAUGGCGAAGAUGAGGAAGAGAAUGAUGACGGAUAUACGUAUGAUCAUGAGGAAAGCACCAACCUUAAGGAGCAUUUGUUUUGGCAGAGGAGUGAUGAAGAAGGUGGUGGGUUUAUGCCAACGUCGAAGAGCAUGUUAGUUCGUAUUUUUCUUUUUUAUUUUUGCAGUGCACACCUAAAAAGAUGAAUCUUGCUAGUUAAAUGGGAAGUUCAUUUAGGAGAGCUUGUCAAGUCUUUGAAUUUGCUGCUACAAAUGAUACAUAUGUAAAUCAGAGUUAAAUAUGAUUGAAAGUGUUGGGCAUUCUUAUGAAGGAGAGUGUCCCUUCCCUUUUAAACAUGGAUCGGAAGGUUGAAGGCCAAAAACACUACAAAUAUUCGGGAAGCCAUUGCGAUAGGCUUAACCAUUGAGUCAUUAAGGUCUCGUGCAAAGUACUUCUCGAACGCCAUUCAUCAAGUGAUACAGUCAGGAGAACUCAUCCCAAAAGACUUAGCCUCGACCUUCUUCUUGUGGUCUGGAGAACCUACUCUUGGUGAUGGUGAUCUUGGUCUUCUGGCCAGUACUCUUGUCCUCAGCAGAGACAUUUAAGAUCCCACUGGCAUCGAUGUCGAACCUGACAGCGAUCUGAGGAACCCCCCUCGGAGCAGGAGGGAUCCCGGAGAUUGUGAACUUCCCAAGCAAGUUGUUUUCCCUCGUCCUCGUUCUCUCACCUUCGUACUCCUGAAUCAACAUUCCACGCUGGUUCAUCGAGUGAGUCGAGAAAACCUGUUCCUUCCUUGUUGGAAUGGAGGUGUUCCUUGGGAUCAAAAUCUUCAUGAUGCCUCCAGCAGUUUUCACACCAAGAGAGAGAGGAGUGGCGUCGAGAAGCAAUAGGUCUUGAACCCUCCCGCCACCCUCGCCGCUCAAAAUCGCAGCUUGGACAGCAGCACCAUAGGCGACUGCCAAAUUUCAAAGGUCUGAAGACUACAAUAUAUCUAAGCUUGGAAGGUGAGACAUCGCGGUUUUUCAUCCGCAUCGCUGUUACAUGAAUUUAAGAAUUGUGACUUGUUUUGGUUUCUGUUGAUGGUGAUUACAAUUUACAGCAAAGGUGUAUCAAAGAGAAGAAAAUGAAGGCGAGGAGGAGGAAGAGAAUGAUGACAUAUAUACGUAUGAUCAUGCGGAUACAGAGGAAGAGGAUUAUAACGAAGAAAUUGACAAUCGGAUGAAGGAGAGCUCUUUGGAGGCUUUGAAUCUGUUGCUACAUAGAAAUUGAACAACUUCUGCAGUGACUUCUUGAUAUCUUGGUUUGAUUUCUACGAAAUGAUCAUCAACAGUGCUGUGCUAUUGGGUUGUCGCCUGAAUUUAAGCAUUUGUAAUUUAUGAUGGAUCCUUUUCAGGAUUAUAACUUGAGUGGAUUAUGUUUAGAUUGAAUAUUUUUUAUGGUUUGUAAUUGAUUGAAGAUAUUACUUAUGCAUGAUUUUGGCUUAA